CUGAGCAUAGGCACAGCUGCAUGGGAUGGGGCGCAGCAUCGGCACAUGGGCGGCGGCGGGGCUCGACCGUCUGAAUGAGGCCGUGGCCAAGAGCCGUGCCGGCAAAUAUUUCAAGCUCGAUGCUCGCAAGACAUGCUUCACUAAAGAGGUCCGAGCCGGCACUGCAACAUUCUUGUCAAUGGCUUACAUCCUUGCGGCCAAUGCCACCAUCCUCACAGACUCAGGAGGCACCUGUGCGCCGGCCUCUCCUGCUGCUUACCAAGCUUGCCUUGCCACCACCAAGAGAGACCUGAUUACUGCCACGGCGGCGUCGGCCAUUGUGGGUUCCUGCCUCAUGGGGCUUCUUGCCAACCUUCCACUGGCUCUGGCCCCCGGCAUGGGCGCAAACGCAUACUUUGCAUACACCCUGGUGGGCAUCCAUGGCUCUGGGGGAACCAUGUCAUACAGCACGGCUCUGGCGGUGGUGCUCGCUGAGGGGUUUGUUUUCUUGCUGGUGGCUGUUUUGGGUUUGCGCGCUCGCCUCGCCUGGCUCGUUCCCAGGCCGGUUAGACUGGCCUGCGGUGCCGGCAUUGGCUUGUUUCUUGCCUUCAUUGGGUUGCAGGCUGGUGAGGGUGUGGGACUCGUGGGUUUUACCCCUAGUACUCUGCUCACUCUAGCCGCCUGCCCCCCACAAUACAUGUCUACCUCUCCUUCGGGUGCGACACAGUGCACUAGCCAUCGCCUCCAGAGCCCCACUUUCUGGCUGGGAGCCGGUGGGUUCAUGCUCACCUGCUAUUGUCUCAUGAAGAACCUAAAAGGGGGGAUGAUAUAUGGCAUUCUUGCAGUCACUUUGAUCUCAUGGCCAAGAGGCACACCCUUCACUUAUUUUCCAGAAACUCCACAGGGUGACGAGCUUUUCAGCUAUUUCAAGCAAGUGGUCGGUUUCCACGGCAUCGAGACCACCGCCUUGGCGUACAGUUUCAGGGAGUUGAACAAGCCUCAGGUGUGGGUGGCAAUGGUAACACUUCUUUACGUCAACUUGUUGGACACUACCGGGACAAUGUAUUCUAUGGCGGAAUACGGUGGAUUGAUCGAUAACACAGGCCAGUUCGAGGGGCAGUACAUGGCCUUCGUGGCUGAGGCCGGGGCAGUCAUGGUUGGCUCAGCGCUGGGGACCUCGCCAGUGGCCACCUUUGUCGAGUCAUCGGCGGGGAUCAGAGAGGGGGGGAGGACAGGGGUUACUGCACUUGCAGUGGCAGCAUGGUUUUCAUUGGCUUUACUUUUUGCACCGGUGGUCGCAUCGGUGCCACCAUGGGCAGUUGGGCCGGCACUGGUGGCGGUGGGGGCGGGGAUGGUGGGAGUGGUGAGGGAGAUAGAAUGGGGGGACAUGAAGGAGGCGGCUCCCGCCUUUGUGACCAUGCUGUUGAUGCCACUCACCUACAGUGUUUCAAAUGGACUGCUGGCGGGGAUUAUGGUUUACGUGGUGCUACGGGCAGGGGACGUGGUUCAGUGGAUGAUGGGCUGGUGGCGGUCAGGGCGGAGCCGGAUACAGAACCAGGGCCCUGCCACCGCCACUGUGGUGGAGGGCCAGCCACCCGCUGCUGAAGUCACUCUAGUAUAAUGCUCUCUCUCUCACUUUCCUGUUGCUUAGUCUGGAUCGAUGUGGGAGUGAUUUAC